AUGCCAAGCUAUGAACCGGGCGCCUUCGGGCGCAACUCCCACAUCCCAGCGUGCCUAGAAUGUCGAAGUCGCAAAGCAAAGGUUGUUCAAUUCCUACCCUCUCGAGCGUCAGGAACCAAGUCUGACAUCCAUCCAGUGUUCGAAGACACGCCCGUCAUGCGUGCAGUGUGCGCGGAACAACCGGGAAUGUGUGUAUACGUCCAAGGUCCAUCGGACCCCACUGACACGCGAAAUAGACACCUCACGGCUGUGGAAACUCGGCUGCAAAUGCUCGAAACCGCCAUAGGGAAGUUGUUUCCAAGCGGGGAGAUGGAUGAUAUCACCCGCGCCUUACUUUCAAAUGAGUUACCCGGGGAUACGAUGCCCUCUGUUGACCUCACUGAGCCGAUGUCCGCGGAGAAUUCUUUUGCGACCAACGCAAUGCUGGACAAUCCUUUCGGCGCCUCCCAGCUGUUGCCCCAAGAAAGCUGGAGUGAUGUCUCUGUGGGAAUGGGAUCGGAAGGGCAGGAAUCAUCUCUUGGCUCUCUUUUGACCGAGGCAAGCUCGCCUGCCGAGUUAGUGGCACCAGCCCAGGUCGAAAGAGAGCUGGUCGACAACUACUUCCUACGCUACCACACAAUCUACCCAUUUGUUCAUGAGACAGCAUUCAGAUCAGAAUUCGAAAGCCCCGUGAAAACAUUUUGUUCCUGGCCGAUCCUUGAAAAUAUGGUCCUGGCCUUUGGGUCGUGGCUAGCUCCCAAUGAUUGGGCAGACCUGGACAAAAGAUAUUACGCAAAGGCGCAGCGUCACCUCCAACAGGUGCCUUGGUCGCGCAGAGAGGGCCUGACUAUUAUACAGGCAUUGCUGCUCCUAAGUGAUUUUGCGCAAAAGCAGGGAAGUCCCGAUGAAAGCUGGCACUAUAUCGGGACCGCUGUUCAAAAAGCAAUCGCCCUCAACUUGCACAUCGAACCAUCGAGUCCAGAUCUCACGGAGCUCGACAAAGAGAUUCAGCGCCGUGUAUGGUGGGCUACUUACUGCUCGGAGAACCCGUCUCGAAUACUCACGACCAAGUUUGUUGCACCACCUUCUAGCCACCCACUUGCUAAUCAGAAACCCUGGCAGAAUCCCAUUUCUCCCACAGCUCCUUUCCCUACACCAACCGACGAUCCAACCAUAUAUUCCGGUCUGAUACAGCAAUCUAGUUACCAUCGAAUGGCAAAUACCAUCUAUCGCCGACUUCUGUCCAGUCCGAAUGUCACACCUCAGCAUGUGCAAGAGUUCGAGCAAAUGAUAAGCACCUGGCACAGCAACAAUUCAUCAUUUUGCACACGAUUAGUCAAGAUUGACUCCGUGCAGGACUGGCAUCUUACAGCAUGGCGCCGCCAAUCGCUGUGUGACCAAAGUUUACGUCUUCUCGUCCAUAGACCACUUCUGCUGCAGUGGUUGAAGAAAACAUAUAUGGAUAGAGACAGCGCACUGUCGGCAGAGGAGCACCCUGCUGAGGUACAGUGUCGCGCACAGGGCCUCAAGAUUGCUCGAAACACAAUUGGACAGAUAUCGGACUCCCUUGUUCGCGGGCGGUACUCCCGGUUGACGCUAUCUUUCACUCUAUAUGCUCUUUUCCAUGCGCUCCUCGUUCCUGUCAUACACAUCAAAGGAAAUCCUUCAUCGCCUGAAUCGAUAUCUUACAUCCAGGACCUGGAAAUGGCAAAGUUCGCCUUGAAAUACCUCCCAGUCCAUGGGGAUGCUUUGUCACAAUCCUUCCUCAUUGUGUUGAAUCGUCUUUUUUCUGUGGCCUCUCAGGCUAACAGUGAGAACGAAAGCCAAAACCUGUCGGAUGCUGAUGCUCAUCUGCUGAAACCAGGUGACCUACGGAUGAUGCCGACUAACAUCUUUGGGAACGAGGAGUUGACAUUACUCGAGAAUGAGCGCUUCAAAGGAAUAUCUGGGCUUGAUUUCUCAGAAUGGCUGCAAUCAUGA